GCGCCCGCCGUGCUCUUUCCACGCUAAGGUUCCUAUCAUCCACCAGUCAUCUACUCUCAUUGUACCGGAGUCCCAAUGAAGGUGAGCGUGUUGCUCCGCUCUCUGUUUACCUGAGGCACCUGUGCUCCUGUGUUGUUAAUACACACAGUCACCCCCAACGUCCGGCCGGGAGAGGACGAAAACUAGCUGCCACACAAGGAUGAAGGGGCUGCCUGUGCUGUCCCUGCUCCUCUGGAUGUGUGCGGUGUUCUUCGUGGGCAUCUACCUGUUCGUGGGUGGAUUUUUGCUGGUUAGGUUGGAGGUUAACAGAACCAGCACCUGCGGAGACGUGCUCGAGCCCGGAGAGGAGCCGGUGGACUUCUGUCGAGCUCAGCCGCGCUUCCGCAAGGUUGUCCUUCUCAUUAUCGACGCCCUGAAGAUCGACUUCGCCCGGUAUGACCCCGACAAGACGGCACCACGACCUUAUGAGAAUAAGUUACCAGUGCUGGAAGAGACCGUGUCAUCCAGGCCUUUACAAAGCCGCCUGUACCCCUUUCGUGCUGACCCACCUACGACCACCAUGCAGAGGAUCAAGGGGUUCACGACUGGAUCUUUGCCGACGUUUGUAGAUGUAGGUAACAACUUUGCAUCCAGUGCCAUCUUGGAGGACAAUCUUAUUCACCAGUUUGGACAAGCAGGCAAACGAGUGGUGUUUAUGGGUGACGACACUUGGGAGAGUCUUUUUCCUAAGAAGUUUUACCGCUCUCUGCCCUUCCCUUCUUUUAAUGUCAAGGAUCUGCACACUGUGGAUAACGGGAUUCUCCAGCACCUCUACAACACUAUGGUGGGUGAUGACUGGGAUGUCGUAGUCGCUCAUUUCCUUGGAGUCGAUCACUGUGGUCACAGGUUUGGCCCGGAUCACCCAGCCAUGGCUGACAAACUCACACAGAUGGAUGGAGUCAUCAGGUCUGUGAUUGAUCGUCUGCAGAAUGACACACUCUUGGUGGUGAUGGGAGAUCACGGAAUGACAGAUACUGGAGAUCAUGGUGGAGAAAGUCAGAAAGAGACUGAUGCUGCCAUCUUCCUCUACAGUCCUUCUCCCAUGUUUCAUGGACCCCCAUCACAGAAUGAACCAGAUGUGGUGCCACAGACUGACCUGGUGCCCACCCUGGCUCUGCUACUAGGAGUUCCUAUUCCAUACAGUAAUGUUGGGCAGGUUCUCUUGCCUUUAUUUCCACCACACGAGCAGACACAAGGUGCAGUUGGAGGUCUCAGCCAGCUGGAGGCACUGUGGAUCAACACAAAACAGGUCAACCGUUUCCUGGAGACUUACUCUGGCAUGGCCAAAGACAUCCCACCAGAGAGCCUCUCUCGGCUGAAGAGUGAAUUUGCCCUCUUGUCUUCUGAGUUUCUCAGCACUGUUAGAGAGGGUCGUUCACCCUCCCCGCAGCUAGCCUCUUCUCUGCAGGCUUACCUCACCUCUGUCAGAGACACCUGCCGAGCCACCUGGGCCCGAUUUAACCCACUGAAGAUGGCGGCAGGCUUAGCCAUCCUGGCAUUUGCUUGUCUGAUGUGUUUCAUCUUGUCUGAACUGUCUCUAGUGCUGAUCAGGGAGAACGGUCCAUUACUGAAGGCCCCAGUUGUUGUGUCACUGACAGUGGGGGUUAGUGUGGCUGCUGCUCAGCUGCUCAUACGGGGCUACAUUGAGGUGAUGUGGUGCCUUGCAGCUGCUGCUUUCAGCUCUGAACUCCUUUUCCUUUGGCGUUCACGCCAACUGAGCACCUCUACAGUGUCAAAAAACGGAACCAAAGCUCCAAAGCGUGUUAGCUGGCUGACCCUGCAUUACCUCCUUGUCCCCUCUCUCUUGUUUCCACUCCUUCGUUGUGCCUCUCUGCUCUCAGACAGCUAUGUGAUUGCAGAAGGACGGGUUGUGACAUUUUUGGUGUUAUCCCUGGCCCUAUGCAUUCCCAUCCAUCUCAACUGGGAUGGCCUACUUCUGCCCCCAAGCCAUGACCCGUUGAAGUCUGCUGGGCUGCUGCCUGCCCCAGCUUUGUCUCCAUCAGCUGUGAGGAAGGAAAGCAGCACCCUUCUAGCCUGCUUAGGAAUACUUGUUGGCAGCCUCUACCUCUCCCUCUCGUUCCACGGCUGUCGGGAAGAGCAGGGCUCCUGCCAGCCGUCUUCAUUUCUUUCCCCUCUUUCCCGGUUGCAGGACAACCAGCUGAAGAACCUCCAUUAUGUCCUCGCUGUCAUUUCCCUUGGCUUGUGGACAUAUCUGCUAAGAUGCUUUCUCUGCCACUAUGGUAAUCUGAACUCGUCAGGCGGGACGGUGUUUACAGCUCGCUGGAUCCUACCGCUGCUGUCUGUGUGCCUGGGGCUCCACUGGGCUGUUAGCGCCACUCCGGAGGACAGCUUCAGGAAUCUGGCUGAGCUGAUUCACUUGGCACAGCUGGCCCUCCCCAGGGUCGCCUUCUGUCUGCUGGGACUGGGGCUUUUCCUGAUCUGGCUAGACCCCCUCACUGUGUUUGUGAAGACUAGGACUCAGGCUUCAGCCAAAAGUUUGACUCUACCCACACCCCGUUAUCGAGCAAGCAUUGGCAUCAGCCCCCAAGCUGAGCUGCACCACCUUAUCCCACAGAUCUAUCAGCGCAUGCGUCGUUCCCUAGAUGAUGGCGACCUGAGCGGGGCCAACGAAGUGGACAGCAGGCCUGCUGUGGAGGCCUACGGACUUGGAACAGUCUAUUCUGCUCCUUUGCUGUUGUUUAGUGGGUUGCUGGGAAUUGGUCUGCUGCUGUUGCACCCAGAGGGCAUGGCUCUGUCUUUCCUCCUGCUGCUACUAGAAACGGGAGCUCUGUUGCACAUUCACGCCUCGUCUACUACGCUUAGUGGCCUGCAUGGAAAGUAUUCUGGUGGGUUUAAUGUGCCUUGGACCCCAGUAGUGCUCUGGUCCCUGGCUGCCACGCAGUUCUUCCACGCUACAGGUCAUUUACCCACCUUCCCCUCUAUCCAGUGGGGUGCUGCCUUUGUGGGAUUUCCUGAAGGACACACAGGGACCAUACUCCCUGCCUCGCUGGUUACCCUUAAUACUUUUGCUUCACACAUUCUUUUUGCAGUGAGUUGUCCAUUGCUACUGUUCUGGCCCCUGGUUUGCGAGGUGCGUGGGAGCAGAGGACGAGCCUGUGGGGACGACGGAGAGGAUGCUGUGAUGGAGAUGAGGCUGAGAGAAAACCCUCAGCUGUUCAGCUCUGCUCUUCUGCAACUCUCAACACGCUACCUCCUUAUUCACGGAGCACAGGUCUUUGCCUCAGUCUGUGCAGCUGCUAUACUCAGGAGACACCUAAUGGUGUGGAAGGUUUUCGCACCGAAGUUAAUGUUUGAGGCCUCAGGGUUCCUGGUGAGCAGCGUGUUCCUGCUGAUUGGGGUCACAUUAGUGCUGAGAGUAGAUGUGGCUGUGGGCCAGUGGUUUAAAAGACUCAUCCCAGAUGUGUCCAGGUAGCGAAGGCACUGCUGCUGCAGCUGCUGCCUACCGGCACCCAUCACAGCUCACUGUGCCCCAGAGGAAAUGGACGUGGUGGUCACUAAACAGGAUUUGUUUUUUCUUUUUCUUUUUUUUGAAAAAAUGUUGCCAAUAGUGAUAAGGAAACCCCACUAACAUGUCAUGUGGCAUGUCAUACUGUGAUUCUUGAGGGCUAUGUUGUACAUUACUGACCCUGAGGAACUUUCAUAUAUCGAAUCUCAGAUUGACUAAAUGUGCAGCGUUGGGACCUUUUUAUAUAGCAGUUUGAUUGAACAACCCCAGGAAUGAGAUGAAGAACUGAUAAAGGACUUUGAGACCCCCCUGUUGAUUCUGUUCAUCUGGGUGUAGCGUUUUUAGUGGGAGAAAUG